GAUUUGCUGGAAUCGCGCAGGACCGAAGGUGCACACCGGUCGAUUUCACAUGAAGUUUGGUUAAAGCAGGGGUGAACAUCACACACUCUGGUGCCCUCUGAAGCUCCACACAAUGCUUUUAUGAACGAGAUAGCGCCGCACGGAGACGCGCACAGAGCGCGUGCUGUAGCUCGAGGAGUACGCAGCAGCCCCGUUCGCACCGGCUUCUACGAGUAGAACUUGGCGAGCGCUUUAAACCCGCAUGCCAACUUAAAAAAAAAAAAAACAUCUCCUGCAUAACAUUUUUUUAAUUUUUUUUUUGUUGUUGUUGGUGGUUUUGUUCUGCGGAGACGACAAUCUUUGGAUCGCAAAAGAAAUUCUCGGAUGUUCUUGGAUAACCUCUUUCUGUUUUACGCGGAGAGCUGCUCCACGGUCUUUGCACGGUGCACGCGCCUGUCGAGGAAUGGCGCGAUGAAGUGAUCUGAGGAAUCGGUCCAAGUGCAUUCGCGUUGUGUGUCGCCGUCUCGUCAUGUAUUCUCCAAUUUGUCUCACUCAGGAUGAAUUUCAUCCCUUCAUCGAGGCACUUCUUCCUCACGUCCGUGCCAUUGCCUACACGUGGUUCAACCUCCAGGCACGAAAACGCAAGUACUUCAAGAAGCACGAGAAGCGGAUGUCCAAGGACGAGGAGCGUGCGGUGAAGGACGAGCUUCUGGGCGAGAAGCCCGAGGUGAAGCAGAAAUGGGCGUCCAGGCUGCUGGCCAAGCUGCGUAAGGACAUUCGGCAGGAGUACCGGGAGGACUUUGUCCUCAGCGUGACGGGCAAGAAGCACCCGUGCUGCGUGCUGUCCAACCCGGACCAGAAGGGCAAGAUCCGCCGGAUCGACUGUUUGAGGCAGGCCGACAAAGUUUGGCGUCUGGACCUGGUGAUGGUCAUCCUCUUCAAAGGCAUCCCUCUGGAAAGUACAGACGGGGAGCGCCUCGUCAAGUCUCAACAUUGCACCAACCCAGCACUUUGUGUCCAGCCACACCACAUAACAGUAUCGGUCAAGGAGCUGGACUUGUUUCUAGCAUACUAUGUCCAGGACCAAGACUCGCAGCAGUCAGGAAGUCCCAGUAACAAUGAGCCAGGCAAGAACCCUCUUCCAGUCUACUUGGAGGACAGCUUCAUCAAAUCCGGAGUCUUCAGUGUUACAGAACUGGUGCGAGUUUCCAGAAUGCCCAUCACCCACGGUGCUGCGGUAAACUUCUCCAUGGCCGACAUGCCCAGCCAGCCCUACUAUCAUGACCUGAACUCCAGCGUGGGGCUGCACCGCUCUCUGUCCUCCCCUCCCGGCAGCAAAAGGCCCAAAACCGUCAACAUGGAGGAGAACAUGGACACCAGCCCGACGGGACCCGACUUCUACUCGUCACCCAGCUCGCCGGCCAGCAGUCGGGCCAACUGGCACGAUAGAGAAGGAGACAUGUCCUCUCCUACCAUGAAGAAGCCAGAGAAGCCGCUGUUCAGCCCCACCUCCCCGCAGGACUCCUCACCACGACUCAGCACUUUCUCUCAGCCUCAUCACCCGGGCCUCACAGGUGUAGGACACAGUGUUAUAUCGACGAGGAGCCCCCCUCCACACUCGCCUCUGCAGUUCUCGGCCUCGGCUAUCUUGCCCCCGGCGCCGUCGCCCUACUUCUCGCACACCACCAUCCGCUACCCGCCCCACCUCAACCCAGCUGAUACCCUCAAGAGCUACGUGCCGUCAUACGACCCGUCCAGCCCGCAGAGCAGCCAGCCUAACAGCAGUGGUCAGGUGGUCGGAAAGGUCCCGGGCCACUUCACCCCAGUUCUGGCUCCCUCCCCGCACCACGGCGCUGUGCGACCCGUCUCUCUCUCCAUGCCAGACACCAAGCCCAUCACCACAUCCACAGAAGGCUACUCAGCCCCUGGCACCCCGACGGCCAACCGUUUUGUAGGCCUGAGCCCAAGAGAUCCAGCUUUCCUCCACCAGCAACAGCUGAGGAAGUGUGACUGGAGCGUGACUCAAAACGGCAGGCAUUAUGGCCCCAGUGCCACUGACGACACUUUGGGGAUUACUUGGCAAAGUCCUGGUACCUGGGCGAGCUUAGUUCCAUUCCAAGUGUCGAACGGGACUCCGAUUCUGCCAACAAAUGUCCACCAGAACUACAGCAUAAACAUCAUUGGUGAGCCCCUGGUCCCCGCUGAGACAGGGAACUGAACACACGGAGGCCGGAUGAAACCCCCCCCCCCCCACCCCCACAGGGAGAAUGCGUGGACGGGGGUGUUGGCGGGGCACAGUUAGCACUAAAGGUGUCCGCAGCCACGGAUGAAACCAGCAAGCAGCACGAGCUGCACAAUCGUCCCCCUCCCAGUCUCGUCCCUUCCAUGACCCCCCAAACCCCCCUCCCCUAACCCUCCACCCCCACCCCUCCCAUUAAGGACACUGGCCGCGAAGUGAAGAAGAGGGUCGGUUCAGGAGGAAAGGAAAAAAAAGGCUAAAGCUUCAGGUCUGCUGUCUCCUCGCCCUGCCCAGCCCACCAAUCCACCACCCACCAGUCAGUUGUUGUGUUUGCAGAACUUUUCAAUCCAUUCAAAUACUGUGAUGUAUAGAUGCCUUAAUGUUUUAUUGCAUGACACUCUAGUCUCUUAGCGGCAAUUCCUACUAUUUUUCCAUGUUGAGAGAAGUUGUACAAUCUUGAUUUUACACACAAACACACACACACACACACACACACACACACACACACACACACACACAAGUGAAGAGGUCUGCGUAUCAACACCUUCUGCCUGGUGGACGGCUCCGAGACUCUAAGCUCUCCGAUCAGACCUCUUGAAAAGAGGCUUCCCCUCGUCAAACGAUUCACUGUGUACACCAUAGGAACAAAAACAAAAAAAAAAAUAAUUGUGAAUUCAGAGUGUUUCUUUUUGAUUUUGAUUUCAGUUUACUGUGAUAACGGCUCUUUGUUCAGAAAAUGUGUUGACUUUGUUUAUUCUUAACUACUACUUACUUCAAGAAUUAACGUAAAUACUUACAGAAAAAAAGAGUUGAGAACUCUCGGAUGCGGUUUUCGAAAAACACUAAACGUUUGGCUUGAGAUUGGACCCCUCAUUAAAGGAUUUUGCAACUCCUUUACAAAAGGAUUUAAAAAGACGGAGAAUAAGAAAAUCUCGAUAGAGGCAAGUGCAAUUGAAUUUUUGAAGGGAAGCUAUCAGUCUGUCAGCCCUAAGACUCUAAAGGAUGGGGGAUAAUUAUUAAAUGGUUUUAUGGGUAAAAUGUUUAAGAAAACAUUUGAAUUUGAUUUCAGUCACAUAUCCGUCUACUCACAAGAGAGAGAAAAAAAGAAAAAAAAACCUCCAGCGUGGAAGCAGUUGAAGGCGAGCACGAAGCUACCUGUGCAGCGCUGAGCAAAACCAGCACUUCUUUUGAGCCCUUCCCGUCAUUACGGGGAGGUUUUUUUUAUUUAUUUUGGGGGGAAAAUAACCGAACUUAAGUAAAGAAAUGAGACACACACGUAGUGUAUAAAAAUGGCAUUUCAUGUUUAAAAAAAAAAUAAAAAAUAAUAAUGUAUGCUCACGAUAAGAUCAAGAGCAUAUGCAUUUGGCCAUCAGCUUCUAAAGCUUGUGUUUACAAAAGAAUAUAUGGAAUGCAAAGUGUUUAUCCAUGGAAAUGUACAAUUCAUGCAAAUGUACGGUUGGCUUUCUGUGUAAAGCUACAGUUUGUGCAAGGUUGAAAACUGAAAUUUAUGAAUCCAGGUGGUGGCAAAUCCCUGAAAUCUAGAAUUGUGCACGGCAUGUUCACAGCCAUUGCCUCUCCAGUCCAGACAUAUUUAUACAAGGAAAAUCUCUCCAAUACUCUUAAUUUGCACGAUGACAUAUAGUCCACAUUACGUGCCUUGCCUUUGAAUAUAGAGACAUCACUACACUUGUUUUUGCUGCAUUUAUCAUUAUAGAAAGAAAAUUAACAUUUUUAUGAUAAGAAUUGUUUUGUACUCUGAAUGAAAUUGUUGAUUUUUAACUUUAUGUACUACUCUAUCUCACAGUUGCAUUGCAUAUCAAGGCUGUGUAUAGUUGCCGUUCUAAAGUUUGUAAUCAACCAGCGUUUUUUUGUUUUUUUUUCUUUCAGUAUUUUGGUGGGUUUUUUUUCUAAUAACCUGUCAUCUUUUGUUUUCCUUAUUUUUCAAUGCUCAUUUUGUUCAUCUUCCAAUUACUAUUGUGGAGGGUGGAAUUCAGAAUUAUGAAAAUUAUGCAAUACCAAGUUUUGCCUAUGUAGGUAGUGCUUAUAGAUGCGUCAAUUAUUAGAGGCUAGUUUGGAGAUAGACAAUAUUGUAAUGCAUUUAAUUUGUUGAUAUCGUUGUUUGUCGUUGUUGUUGUUGUUGAUGAUGUUGUUGUUGUUGUGGGUCUUUUUUCCUUUUUUUAUUGACCAAAGUGGGGACUGCUUUCUAUGCAGUGUAUGACAAGGUCUUUUUUAUUUUUCUUCUUUUCUUCUUCUUUCUUUAGCAUACAGGCCUACCGAAUGACGGUGAGACGUGUUCCAGUGUAUUUUAAAUUCGGGAGUUUUAGGGUAGGAGGAGGGGCGGUAUUUUUUCUAGAAGUACUUGUAUGGAAAAAAAAAAAAAUGCACCUUUGGUCUCUCUACGGCUGCAAAGUCACUGAUUGGCCUACUGUGACUCUUACUUUCAACCUUCCACCCCGGGGGGUGCUAGCAUGUGACCUUGAAGGAGCUGGGGGUGUUUGUUUCUUUCACAGGAGAGACGGCUUGACUUGAGUAUGACAAUCAUUUUAAGAAAUCAUUUUGCGUAGAAUCCCAUUCUCUCAUAGAUCCCUUAAAGCCGCAACUGGCGACGGUUACUGUUGCUCGUAUCGAAUACCACGCCGUACUAGACUAGACGUCACCGAAUGCAAUUCCCAAGUAGAUGCCUUAAACACAUCAGUGAAGUGGCCUGUGACCUGCGCAACAAUCACACACCGACUAAUGCUAGUGAGACCUGUCCAAAUCAGUUCCAGACAGGCUCAAGCAAGCCUUUAGAAAGUAUUUUUUAAGUAGUAGAUUUGUAUAAAUGUAUAUAUACGAUAUGCACAUAUGUCAAUUCCUGAGCUACUUCUCCAGCAGAGUGUGUUGAAGUCAAUAUUGGAGCCCCAGAAGCGUGGCGUUUUCUAACUUGUCCAGUGGCCCGGUAGACGCUUAAAUAGAAUCCACUAGAAGAAAAAUAUAGCACUUAACUAGCACAUAGGCAAUCGUCUUCUUCCCCCGUACAGUGUUUUGAACCUAGUCUUAAACUACAUCUCUCAGGCGUAUUACAGGGCAUUAUUUAUAUGAUCUUACCAUUUUUAAUGUAAAAAAAAGAAGAAAAAAUACCCCAACUAAAUACGACUUUCCUCACAGCGAGAGCGGCGCCUCCGAUGCUGCCGUGACUGCAUUUUGCACUCUUUCCCUGCGAUCGUGAAAGAAUUGUUCCCCUCAGAGAGACGGUCGUACCGGGAGCUCUCCGGCUGUAAGUGAGCAGAGGGAGGGACUAAGAAGCGGAAAACAUUUUUUAAAAUAAUCCUCAAGUCAAGCUCUGUCUCUCCGUCUUCACCCAGAUAUCUUAAGCAGAGAGACACAAAAUUGGAAAAAGUCACCCCGUUCGAUGUGCACUGUUCUGUCGUUUGUUGUUGUUUUUAUUCUUUUAUUUGUUCUUUUAAAAGAAAGAAAAAACUACAAGUGCUUUGCAGCCUUUGGCCAUUGGAGAGCCCACUGACGUGCAUUGUCCCCAAGUGUGUUUGUGAGUGGGUGUGUUUGCCUGUGUGUGCGUGUGUGUGUGUGUGUGUGCGCGCGUGUGUGUGUGUAUGUGAUAAAGAUGUGUCAGGGUCACUGUGCUGUUGGUUUUUAUUUGAAUAGGAGGCUGUACAUAAAGGUAAAUAUCCUGAUUGCGUCGAUAGCGGUAGUCUGUGGGCUGUGGCAGCUUGAGCGUGUGUGUGCAUGUGUGUGUGUGUGUGUGACUUUGUGAGCUGGAUGUGUGAUCGAGUGCCUCUGACACAACACAAUGAGAGAAGAUGAGGGUCUUUCUUUUAAAAAAGGAAAAAAAAAAGCCUGCCCUGGGACAGGAGUUUGUACACUGUAAACUUUCUCGAGAGUUCUCCUCUUAAGCCCUUAUUUGUAAAUCUUCAGUUCUGGGGAAAAUUAAGUCAAUUCCAUUUUAGGAAAAAAAUAAUAAUAAUCUGGGUUUUUGUUUUGGAGGCUGGAUUUGAGUUAGAACUCUCCAGGUUUUCCCGAUUAGUAGUCUAAAGUGUUUUCAUCAGUUGUAUUUCUGUAUGUAAAGUUAAAAAAAGGGGGGACAUUCUAUACAGAUCCAUAAAAAACAACAAUGAAGGCUUUUUUUAUUAUUAUUACUAUUAUUGUUUCUGAUCUUGGUUAGUGCUUCGAUAUUUCCAUUUGGGAAACACUUCAUGAAUAUUUGAAUUGUUGUUCUUUCAUUAGCGUGGCCAUAGCGAGUGUGAUGUGAUUUAUCUAAUUUUUUUGGGGGUGUGAAUUCUUGUCCAACAAGAUCUUGGUGUGAGUGUGUUUCUUGUAGCAGCUGGGGGCGACUUCACUUUACAAGUAGAAAAGGCCCCAGAAUGCACCUGACCUAAAGCGAGAAGCAGGGUCAAAUCUGUAGUGACAAACUUCCUCGAUUAAUCUAUGCGAUCUUGAUCAGAUUCGGGCGGACAAUUUUGAGCCGUCUGCUUUGUCCAUAUGCAGACGACUCUCUGAAAUAUCUCUUUAAUAAUCAGUAAUAACAUUUCUGGCAUCACUCAUUUUGCACAUUCCACAUGCUGUCAAUGCCGGAUGUGAUUUGGGAAACACUUCAUUCACACUGCAAACAAACAUUACUUUAACUGCAGGUGCUUCAGAAUAGGAUAUUGUACCUUCCGGCUGAUAAUAGCUAGUGUAUUUGCGCAUGGUUACGUUUUUUUUUUCUAUUACAACGCAGGGUGUGAUUGUAGUUUGUCAAAAAAGCUCUUGUGACUUUACGACAUUUUAAUCAGUGUUCCACCCACCAGAAAGAGCCGUAUUUUGACUCACAGCAACCUUAUUUUAGAAAGUAUUACGUCAUUGAUCACUACAAUCAUCGUGAAACAGGACAACUUUAUGCGAGGACGACCUUUGGCGCACAAUAUGUGCGAUUUUUCCGCUCAUCAAAAAUGUCCCACACUCUUUCGGGACUGAGAGGGCGAAAACAUGCAGACUUAGAGGAAAAGAUUAGAAUUUCAUUUUCAUACUUCAUAAGCAAUAUACACCUUCCAUACGUUGGCUGGCUGCUAGUCACUUGGCAUCAGGUUGUUAUAAAAACAUAAAAACCAGCAUUUUUACAGGAUGUAAACAUUCACCAAAAGAGGACAAAAAGAUAGCAAUGCAGUGCCUGUUCAAGCUGUCCGAGUGUCUAUUGUAUAUAAAUGUAAAAUGUGAUAGACUUACUUUCAUAUGUGACGAUAAAAACACCAUCACACAGAACCGAAUGUGGCAAACUCAUCUAGAAAUAUGCUCUUUAUUACUUCUUUGAUGUUCUUUUUUUGUUUUGUUUUAGAUUUAUUAAUUAUGUCAGCACACAAUGCCCACAUCAAGCUUGUUCGAAACUUAAGGAGGAAAUGUUCAUUCUUCUUUUCUUUUUCUUUUUGGGAGGGGGGGUGCGGGGGGGGGUCAGUGCUACAUUAAGAGCGAUGAAAGGAUGAACUAAUGUCUUUUCUUAGGAUUACUCACCAGUUUUCUUUGCAGAGCUGGUUUAUUUUUGGGUCUUGUGGCACUUUUACGUCCCUCAUGCGCACACAUUUUGACUUUGUGAAUCAUGGUGGAAUUAUAUAUAACAAACAACAACAACAACACCAACAGAACAAUAUGUAAACAGUCUCCAGUAGUGAUCGUAGUUACACUGCAAGUGUGUGCAAAGGUCUAUGUAUGUAUCUGAAUGUACGUUUUAGAGGAUUUUUUGGAAACCUUUUUUGUUUUUUAUCUUUUCAUUGACAGUUUAGGAGCCACAGGUGUCCAAUGUGAACUGUAUAGCGAAGGCCUUGAGAUCCCUUUUUUUAUUGAUUUUAGAAAUGCCGAGCAUUAGGCGAUGCCUUCAAGCUGGUUACAUUUGGUGCAGGGGCUAAAAUUGCCACAAGAUUAAAAUCAGUGUAAAUAAAGGCUCAACUUUUUUGUGAUUGUUACUGUUAUAUCCAGCCUAUACUGCUAGCAGCUGUUUUUACUGCAGUCAAUUACUGGAAGUGGAUAUAUUUCCUAUGCAAAACUGUUUAAACAAUAAAAUGAGCUAUGCUACAAAAAUGA